UUCCUUUGUUUCGUUCUUAUUUCAGGUGUGUGGUUGAUAGGAAAGAAGCUGAAUUUCAAUAGCAAUUUUCUAUGUAUUUGUUUUCCCCGAUCACCUACCCUUAAAACCAGUGGGAGAAGAGAAGAACAAAUUGUAGAUUCAGAGGCUUUUAGCCUAUUCUUCUUCUUCUUCCUCUUCUUCUUCGCGCUGUGUAUUGUUGCUGUUAGGGCAGAGGUGUUCAGAAUGGCGACAGCUAUUUGGCAACCGCAAGAAGAAGGGCUAAGAGAGAUCUGUGGAUUGUUAGAAGAGUACAGGUCCCCCACUUCUGAUCAAGCCCGUAUUUGGCAGCAAUUGCAGCGCUACAGUCAAUUUCCUGACUUCAGCAACUAUUUGGCUUUCAUACUCGCGCGGGCAGAGGGAAAAUCUGUUGAGGUACGGCAAGCAGCAGGGCUCCUCUUGAAAAACAAUCUGAGGACUACUUUUUCAUUGAUCACUCCUCCUUACCAACAAUACAUCAAAUCAGAGUUGCUUCCUUGUUUGGGGGCGCCAGACAGACACCUUCGUUCAACGGUAGGAACUGUUGUUAGUGUUAUAGUCCAACAAGGACAGGUACAGGGUUGGCCAGAACUGCUGCAGGCAUUGGUUCAAUGCUUUGAUAGCAAUGAUUUCAAUCUGAUGGAAGGUGCUCUCGAUGCAUUAUCAAAGAUUUGUGAAGAUAUACCAGAUGGGCUGGAUGCUGAUGUACCAGGCUUCCAGGAGCGACCUAUCAAUAUCUUUAUGCCUAGAUUAUUUCAGUUUUUUCAGUCACCAUAUGUUUCUCUCAGGAAAUUGGCACUUAGCUCUGUCAACCAGUAUAUUGUGCUUAUGCCAACAGCAUUGCUAUUAUCCAUGGAUCAGUAUCUUCAGGGCCUGUUUACUCUUGCUCAUGAUCCUGCUGCCGAAGUGAGAAAAUUGGUAUGUGCCGCAUUGGUUCAGCUACUUGAGGUUCGACCUGAUUUUCUGCAGCCUCACAUGAGAAAUGUGAUCGAAUAUAUGUUGCAAGCAAAUCAGGAUGCUGAUGAAGAAGUGGCUCUUGAAUCAUGUGAAUUCUGGUCUGCAUUUUGUGAAGCUCAUCUUCCACCACAGAUAUUGAGGGAAUUUCUGCCACGUUUGAUUGCGGUUCUGUUGUCAAACAUGGUGUAUGCAGAUGAUGACGAGGCACUUGUUGAUGCAGAGGCGGAUGAAAAUGUUCCUGACAGGGAUCAGGAUUUGAAACCUAGAUUUCGUAAUUCACGAGCACAUGGGGCAGAUGGUACUGAUGAAGAAGAAGAGGAGGAUGAUAUCAUCAAUUCGUGGAAUUUGAGGAAAUGUAGUGCUGCGGGACUUGAUGUGCUUUCUACUGUAUUUGGUGAUGAGAUUCUUCCAAUCCUUAUGCCUCUAGUUCAGGCCAAGUUAAGUGCUACUGACAUAGCUUGGAAGGAAAGAGAAGCUGCAGUUUUGGCACUGGGUGCAAUCGCAGAGGGUUGUAUCAAUGGACUUUUCCCACAUUUACGUGAGAUGGUUUCUUUUCUUGUACCUCUUCUUGAUGAUAAGUAUCCUUUGGUGCGGAGCAUCACAUGUUGGACUCUUUCUCGGUACAGUAAAUGGAUUGUUCAGGCUGCAGGUCAUACAGAAGGGCAUGACCAAUUUGAUAAGGUACUUACUGGUCUUCUCAGACGAAUUUUAGACAGCAACAAGAGAGUUCAGGAGGCUGCUUGCUCUGCCUUUGCUACCCUCGAAGAGGAGGCGGCAGGAGAAUUGGCACCACAUCUGGAGCUCAUUUUACAACACCUUUUGUGUGCCUUCGCUAAAUACCAGAGGCGAAAUCUUCGUAUUGUCUAUGAUGCAAUUGGUACACUUGCAGAUGCUGUUGGCGGAGAACUCAAUCAGCCAAAAUAUCUUGAGAUUUUGAUGCCUCCACUGAUUGCUAAAUGGCAACAACACUCAGAUUCAGACAGGGAUCUUUUUCCGUUGCUUGAAUGUUUCACAUCAAUAGCACAGGCAUUGGGUCCCGGGUUUACUCAGUAUGCUGAACCUGUAUUCCUGAGAUGUAUCAACCUGAUACGAAUCCAGCAAAGUGUGAAGGCUGAUCCUAUAAAGGCAGGUGUUACAUAUGAUAAGGAGUUUAUUGUUUGUUCGUUGGACUUGCUGUCCGGGCUUGCUGAAGGCCUUGGAAGUGGAAUCGAAAGUCUGGUUGCCAGGAGUGAUUUAAGAAAUCUACUUUUACAAUGUUGUGCAGACGAGGCUGCUGAUGUUCGUCAAAGUGCCCUUGCAUUACUUGGCGACCUUGCAAAAGUCUGUGCAGUGCAUUUGCAGCCAAAUUUGGCUGAUUUCCUGAAUGCUGCUGCCAAGCAAUUGCAACCGGCAGAAGUGAAGGAAAAUGUUUCUGUUGCAAAUAAUGCUUGUUGGGCUAUUGGGGAAAUUGCUAUAAAGCUUCGACAGGAGAUAUCACCCAUAGCAAUGAGUAUUAUGUCCUGUCUUGUUCCAAUCCUCUCUAAUACUGAGGGUUUGAAUAAAUCACUUCUAGAAAACAGUGCUAUAACUCUAGGCAGGCUGGGAUGGGUUUGUCCAGAUAUAGUUUCACUGCAUAUGGAGCAUUUCAUGCGACCAUGGUGUUUUGCACUUCGCACGAUUCGUGAUGACAUUGAGAAAGAGGAUGCAUUUCGAGGCCUGUGUGCUAUGGUGAGAGCAAAUCCUCCUGGUGCUUUGAGCUCUCUUGUUCAUAUGUGUCAAGCCAUUGCAAGCUGGCAUGAAAUACGUUGUGAGGAUCUACACAAUGAAAUAUGCCAUGUUCUCCAUGGUUAUAAGCAGAUGCUUGGAACUACAUGGGACCAAUGCAUGGGUGCCCUUGAGCCUCCAGUAAAAGAGAGGUUGCUGAAAUAUGGCGUCUAAAAUGUUUGUUGAUCAGCUGUUGUGGUGCUAUUCUAAUUGUCAUUGUUGUUCGUGUUAGGAAUUUGUUAUGUGGUCUAACAUAUUCUUGUGUGUCCGUUCGCCACACUGUAUUAAUGGAUCUUCAAGAGCUUAUGUGUUCUUCAAUUGCAUUGCUCCAUGAAAUAUCCUGUUGUAGCACCCCGAUAUAUAGUUCUUGGGUGUAGGGUACUAUCUAUGUGCAGCUGUUAUGUGGCGGUGGAUGUAACUUGCAGAGCUUUUUUUGAAUCAGAUGUGUAAAGCUCUUGAUUCCAGUAUUUGAAUGUCUGCCAUUCUUUUAUUGUUGGCCACCCAACAUAUCCUUCCUUUAAGUGUUCCCAGCAGAGCUAUUAUUGAAGCUCAUGCAGCAUUGGCAUCUCAUCGUAAAUGCGCAGGUACAAGGUUUUGAGGCAGCACACAAAGUUCUGCAUGUUUUCUGUGUAUUGUUGGAGGCGCCCAAAGAGCUAUACCAUUAGAAUAGUUAGUGGGACUUCGAGUGUAUGCGAUCAAUAUGUGUUUACAAAGUGCUUCUGGAUAAAUUUUUUAUUGUAUUCUGACCAUGUGCAAGAAUAUGGCACUAACAGGAGCUUUCUGAUGUAAGCAUUCCUGUAAUUUUGUGCAUCUAUAUUUAUUAUACCAUGAGCUGCUGGUUACUUGUGCCUUGUCAUUAAAGAGAAUGCAUUGUACUAAGAACAUUAUUUGAGUAGAGAUGUGCAUAGGAGGGAUGAUUGUUGGAUGUACGCAAAGAUGCGUGAUUUUACCCAAUUUGCAGGAGCUCAAUUUUAAUACGAAGAGAUUUGUUCUCAGCUGGUGUGAGCUGUUGUGACAUGGAUUGCUUGUAGAAUUUUAAAUGAAUAAGGAUAGACUUUGGCUUCA